UGGGCGUUGUUUGUUUUGAUUUUUUCCGUCAUAAAAGAAAAGUUUUAAGAAAAGUUGCUAAAAAAUGCAUUUUCCCGUAAUUUUCACGUUUCUUUGCACACUUGCAACAUUCCACACAGCUAGUGCAAUUUGGUGCUAUCGCUGCACAUCGGCAACGCCCGGAUGUGGUUUGUAUGAUUUCAAUUGGCGCGGGAUUGGCUACCUGGGGGAGGCUUGUCCCGAAGACGAUGACAUCUGCAUGAAGGUGAUUGAGAGGAAGGGUGCCAGUGAGACAGUUAUCCGGGAUUGCUACAGCUCCCUCCGUGCCAUCCGGACGGAUAUUCCGGCUGAUAAGUACGAGGGAUGUCGCCCGGCUGCUCUGGACGUUCGCCUCGGGCACUACGUGAAUAACAGCAUCCGUGAAUUGGAUGUCCAUCGAACACACUUUGACAGCACAACCUUCUGCUAUUGCUUCCUCGAUCACAGAUGCAACUCCUCCCCAACCAUCAGUUUAUCAUUAGCUGCCAUUGCAGGGAGUACCAUUAUGUGCCUCUGGCAUUUAUUGAGCUUCAUUUAAGGUACAACAAUUAUUAUACUGGGAGAGAAGGAGAUUAGAAUCUCUCAAAUAUCCUCCAAAUAGUGUAACUACUUCCGUCCAUAAUGUAGACUUCUACUCAGUUUUUUUUUUAUACAAAAUGACCAAUAAAACUAGCUUGUAGUUUGGAAGAAAAAAAAAA